CUAACACAUACAAACAACGCCUUCAAAAUUUGAAAGUAAGGAUCUGCCACGCCAGGCGCUCCAAAUCUAGAUGGCAACAUCACUCGGGAAACGCAGGCAAAGAGAAGAAGACGCACAAGCCCCAUCACAAUCACACGGGUCCACACUAUUCGUAUCCAACCUCCCCUAUGAUGCAACAUCCACCGACCUACAAACAACAUUCUCAGAUUUAGCACCCGUGCGAUAUGCUUUUGUCGUAACCAAUAAUGGAACUGGGGAGUCCAAGGGUUUUGGUUAUGUAUCUUUUUCUAUCAAGGAGGAUGCGCAGACUGCUUUUGAUACCGUGUCGACUGAGGGGAUCAAGAUCAAUGGGAGGAAGUUGAGGGUCAAGUGGGCGGAUAAGAAGAUGGACAAGGGCAAAUUCGAAAGCUCGAAGGAGCGCGUUGGAAAGGAGAAGAAGCGAGAAGUGCCAAAGCAGGUAGUGAUAAAACAAGAGGCGAAAAAACACCAGCAAGAAGUGAAAAAGCAGGUGGUGGUAAAACAGGAGGCGAAAAAACACCAACAAGAAGUACAAAAGCAGGAGGACAAGGCGAAGCCUGAAGAUGCCGAUGAGAGUGACGCCGAAUCAGAUGAUGUCGAUGAGGAUGAUGUCAAGAUGGUCGACGUUGAAGAUAGUGAAGCUGAGCUGAGUGAUGCUGAAGACGAAGAGGAGCAGUUAGGUCUUCAUGAGGACGAGCACAGCGACAAGGACGAAGACGAAGACAUCGAAGACGACGACGAUAAAGAAGCCAUAAGUGCCGAAAAUCAACGACGUCCCGUGAAACCUCAGCUACCUCAAACGGACACAGGUACCACACUCUUCAUCCGCAAUAUCCCUUUUAUUGCUACAGAAGAUGAACUACGGGUACUAUUCCGCACAUUUGGGCCUCUACGGUAUGCUCGAAUUACCGUCGAACCAGGCACCGAACGUUCACGAGGCACUGGUUUCGUUUGCUUCUGGAAUAAAGAGGUCGCCGACAAGGUGAUCGAGCAAAGCGAAAUCUUGCGCGCCGAAACCAUGGGCCCGCAACAACCAACAAAAAACCCAUUUACCCUGCCAUCAAUAUUAACGCCUGACCCAUCUGCGGGUGUAGCCAAAAGUCUUGUACUUCAUGGUCGCACUUUGGAUGUUGUGAGAGCUGUCACGCGGGAUCAAGCAGGUAAGCUGAAGGAUGAAGGCGAGAAAAGACGAGAAAAGGCAGACAAGAGAAAUCUUUACUUGUUGCGUGAGGGAGUCAUCUUGCCUAAUACGCCAGCGGCCAGCACCAUACCACCUGUUGAACUGGAGAAGCGGACUAAUUCAUUCACUGCUCGCCGUACCAUGUUGCGGACAAAUCCUUCCUUAUACGUAUCGAAGACCCGACUCAGCGUUCGCCAGAUACCCCUAUUCGUUACUGAGCGGACUCUUAAACGCCUCGCUCUCCACGCCCUUCGUACAUUCCAAGAUGAAGUCAAAAAAGGAGAACGCCACGGUUUGACGCCCGAGGAGCUAGAAGAGGUCACCAAGGAAUCCGAUGAACCAGGCGACUCCAGCACGAGGCCGAAGGUUGGGAAACGAUUGCAGGGAAGCAGAGUCAAGCAAGCCAAAAUCGUGCGGCAACAUGAACGGGUAGAUCCUGUCACAGGAAAAGGCCGCAGCAAAGGUUAUGGAUUCAUCGAGAUGCCGCGGCAUGCGGAUGCGCUACGCGUUCUUCGGUGGGCCAACAACAAUCCUGCUGUGGCACCACUUCUGAGCACCUGGUGGAAAGAAGAGCUUGGAGAUCUCAUCAAGCUGGAGAAGGGGAAGAAGGAUCCUGAUGAAGCUAGACUGAAGCGGAUAAAGGAUGAGCUAGAAGGCCAAGUGAAAAUGCCCAAGGGUACGCUUGUAGUGGAAUUCUCCAUAGAAAACGUGCAGGUCGUCCAGCGAAGAGCGAAUCAGAACAAGGAAAAACCGACAGUAAAUACGCGAGUCACAAAAGACCACGGUGAGAUAUCUCAAGAACCACCUAUGAAGAAACGACGCGUUGCGGCUGAUGAAACACCAGCAAAGCCUGUGAAAGAAGAACAUGCUAAUGGUGGUCAGGGCAUUGGCGCAGUUAUUGGCAGAAAGAGGAAGGAGCGUAAAGCUGCCAAGAAGAGCGCAAAGUAGCCCUGAGUCAAGUGCUGUCUUGUUUUGUUCUUUACCUUUGGUCGUAUCAUAUACCGCUCAAAUGGACCACAGUUUCAAAGAUAUCGACUUUCAUUGGCUGACUGACUAGAGACAGAAUUUCUAUAUUUAUAUUCUGCAA